AUGACAACGGCUUGUAUCAAGGCGGAAGCCGAUGUUGGUGUCGAGCCCAAGCCGACCAUUAGGAAACGCAGAAGGAGGACGACAACGACAGGAGCGGCCGACGACUGCUUUACGUGCCGGAAACGAGGUGCCCCAUGCGACCGCAGGCGGCCAUACUGUGGGCAGUGCCUUGAAAUAGGAAAAGAUUGUUCGGGAUACAAGACGACGCUGACAUGGGGCGUGGGCAUCGCUAGUCGAGGGAAACUGCGAGGCUUGACAUGCCCUGUGGCCGAGAAAGGCGAUGGGCCGGUCGGUGUUACCAAACGAAAUAGUGUAUCGCAACCUCGAAGGAAGCCGUCCACCACCGCUCCUACCUCGGACAGGCCUGUACCUCCACGUAUAAACAUCACCACCAACCCUGUGUCUCCUCCAACUCAGGAGCCUCUCCACACCCCAUCUUAUGGCUUGCUAUCCCCACUCGACCCUCAACAGCCCAUCUUCUGGCAACCUUUGCAGCAAUAUACACAACCCGACCUUCCGUCGCCAACCUCGCCUUAUGACAAUUCCCGUCUGGUUCAUCAAAGAAACCCUUCCGAAUAUCCUCUAACACCAGUCUCGCUGGCCUACAAUGAUGGCUUGCAAUCUUCUGCUAGUUACAGCCUGAUGGAUCCCUCGCCUCGGUCUGUCUCUGAUUCUUAUUCACAACCGCCGGCCUUCUAUCCCGAUCCGCCAUUAGAAGCCCCUAGUGCCACUGAAGAUCUGACUUUCUCUCAACAUUCUGAUGCCUCUUUCUUCGAACCUUCAUACAACGCCAACGGCGCAGAUUACAAUCAGAAUCUACAAUCAGAACCCUUUGAUUACACUAACCUCGAUCUGACCUUGACGAAUCCCGAGCAACCCAUCAACUCUUUACCAGAGCUAGCCAUGUCUAUUCCGAGGGCUAUGGCCACCUCGUUAUUCUAUCACCUGUCGCCAAGGAUGCAAUAUUUGCUGGACUACUACGACAAACAUAUCUGUUCUGUUCUCGUUGCCUUUGACGAUAACAUCAAUCCAUAUAGGAUGCACAUUCUUCAGCUCGCCACACACAACGAAGGUCUCCAGAACGCUCUUGCAGCUCUCUCGUUGAACAAUAUGCGCAUGCGAUUACAUAAGAGAACCCCUCCUAAAGGCUUCAUCCAAGAGCUGGACGGUGAGCAGCAGGACAACGAUAACAGCAUCCUAGCUCGUCCAUCACCUGAAGAAAGCUAUUACAAGACAGUAUCAAUCCGUCAGUUACAGUCUCAACUGGCUGACGCGGUUAAUGCUCAAGACGAUUCUGUCCUUGCUAUAUUGCUCAUUCUAUGCUUGUUCCACGUCUGCGACAGUGGAUUCUCCAAGUUCAAGACACAGCUUGAGGGUGUGCAAAAGUUGCUGUCGAUGCGCGAUCCCGGUGUUACAACUGGCUUCAUUGGUUGGGUCGAGAUGUUCUUUGCUUGGUUCGAUGUCAUGACAUCGACUGUGAACGACAGAGAAACAGAGAUACAAGGCGACCGUCUAGACAUGCUUCACUACUCCUCUAAUCUUGGUGCUCUGGAGCAGUUCUCUGGAUGUGAUGGUCGCUUGUUCAAGUUGAUUGCUCGUCUCGGACGCUUGAACCUUCUGUCGCAAGACCGUCCUGUGCGUCCCGAUCCUCGGAACUCAAAAGCAUCUUAUGGUGCUACCACGACCCCGAAGUCCAAGGACCAGAACACUUUCGCCGUCCCAAAAGCUCGUCGUCCACGUUCGCAGGUCGAACCUAUGGACUUUAGCCGAUUGGAUGGUAAUGGCUGGGGCGCUUUACUAGCCGAACCCCUGGAAGACCUCGAUACGAUCUAUAGAGACCACUCGGAUACGCGGCAAGAGUUUUGGAAGGAGUGGCAUGAUAUCCGAUCUCGGCUAGAAACAUGGUCAAUGGAUAGUCCAUGUCUAUCGCCCACUGGUCUCGAGCCUUCUGCAGCAUCGCUCGAGCCUGGACAAAGAGACCUCACGCAUAUCAACGAAUCCUUCCGCUCAUCCGCCUUGCUCUAUACUGAACGCCUUGCCCACCCGUUCCUGCCAUCGUCGUCUCCAAAAUUCCAGGCACAUGUUCGCAAUGCUCUUUCGCACAUCGCUGCCCUGGAAAUCACUUCGUGUGUGAACAAGUUCUUGCUUUGGCCCUUGUUCAUUGCAGGAACCGAGUGUGUCGAUGCAGCCGAUCAGGCACUUGUACGCGACAGAUGCAUAGAAGUACAGAUCGAGAGUGGCUUUUUCAACAACAUCUCCGUUCUGGAUGUUCUCGAGAAGGUGUGGGCUGAGAAUGCCACUCAAGAUGCGAACGAUGCAGAUUCCGACGAGGUACAACGCCGAAGAGACAGUGCUAAAGAGAACGGAGAUCGCAUACAAGCUUUUAGGUGGAGAAAAGCUAUGGAUAGGGUUGAUGGCGAGUAUCUUGUCAUUUAA